CUACAACUUGAAUAUAACCGAUUUAGCAGAUGAUGCUGAAAUCGGUUAUAUUUUAGAAGUGGACAUUGAGUACCCGCCCGAACUUCAUGAACUCCACAAAGACUUACCCCUGUGCCCGGAACAAAUGGUUCCCCCAGGAGGCAAACAAUCAAAAUUACUGACAACACUUUUUUCGAAAACCGGUUACGUUAUCCAUUACAGACAAUUGAAACGGUGUAUUGAGCGGGGAUUAAAGAUUACUAAAGUACACAAAAUUCUUAAAUUCAACCAAUCGGCUUGGUUACAAAAAUACAUAAAUUUAAAUACGGAUUUACGGAAACAGGCGACUAACGAAUUUGAGAAAAAUUUCUAUAAAUUAAUGAAUAAUUCUGUCUUUGGUAAAACCAUGGAAAAUGUGCGAAAACAUAAAGACGUUAAACUGGUCACACAAUGGGAGGGUCGAUAUGGGGCAAAAAAUUUGAUCGCGAAACCAAAUUUUCACAGUUUAACAAUUUUCGAUGAAGACAUGGUUAUAGUAGAGAUGAACAGACUCAAAAUUAAGUUCAACAAGCCGAUUUAUGUUGGAUUUAGUAUUCUGGACCUUUCCAAAAUUAUACUUUACGAUUUCCAUUACGAUUAUAUUAAACAAAAUUUCGGCAAUCAGGCUAAAUUAUUGUACACGGACACUGACAGUUUAAUAUACGAAUUCACGGACAUUGACAUUUACGAGAGCAUGAAGAGAGACAUCCAGCUGUUUGAUACAUCAGACUACCCCGAAGAUAAUGCGUACGGUAUGCCUCGCGUCAACAAAAAAGUACUAGGUCUUAUGAAAGAUGAAAGCUGUGGGAGAAUAGUUACCGAGUAUGCCGGGCUCAGAGCUAAAAUGUACUCGUAUAAAGUCGAGGGAAAACCCUCAAAUAUGCGUAUCAAAGGACUUACUCGAUCAGCCGUAAAACACAUUACUUUCGAAGAUUUCACGAAUUGCCUAUUUAAUCAAAACACACUGGUUAAAGAGCAGAGACUUAUACGUUCCAAACAUCACGAUUUAUAUACAAUUAAACAAAAUAAAUUGGCUCUCAGUCCGUACGAUGACAAGCGCAUAAUAAAUUACGUCACCACAGACACGAUCCCGUGGGGAUAUAAUUUCCAACAAGCAGCGACUUGUUCGACCACUCCCAUGGAGUUCUAAGUCGAAAUAAAUAGCGCGAUAUAGUAAACGUUGACAUCAUUUGUCUUUCUACCGUUGUUCGCGAUGGCCGACUUAGACAUUCAAUUGCAAUACGAACUUGUUAAAAUUUCACAAAAGACUUACGAAGAUUUCCUUCAAAAAGCCAUUUUUGACGAUAAUUUUCAAUUAAUUGACAAAAUUCUGGAAAAAAUCGUGAUUCCCGACCGUGCAAUAUAUUGGCUAGCUUUGCGCGAUAAAUGUAACAUCGGGUUGAUGAAAAAAAUCUUUGCCAAAAAACUUCAAUACGAUAUAUUUAUCGAACAACUGCAAAAUAUUUUCCAAAAGGAAUAUAUGUCUCAUAUUAGCCUCGAUAUUUUACGUCAAAUUAUAAAGAGUCAUUAUCCAAUAUUAAAUUCAUUUAAUCGGUAUUAUUUGGAAAAAUUAUUGGUCAACGGUGAUCCGUCAUUGGUCGAUCGACAUAGUCAAUGUUUCUCGGCAAAAAAUAUUUUUCUAAAUUACAAAGAAAUCGAUUGGUCAAUAGAUAAGGCCGUUUGUGAGGCCGCCUACUUUACUCAAUAUAAUUUUUUGGAAACUUUGCACCGGGCAGCUGAUGGUAUGGCUCCAGGAGAACGUCUCCAAGGGUACCAAUGGUCAAGGUGUUGGAUGGUCAUCUGGCCCAGACAGCAGCAAAUGGCCAUCAAAAUUAGUUGGAGAUUAUUCUCAGACAUUAUAUAUGUUAAAUAA